AUGGAUUUUCCCUCGGGCAUGCCAAAGCGUUGCAACGCUUACGCUACCGCCGACAUCGACGUCGAGGGGGAGAAGGAGGCUCCAACGAAGCGCCACCGUAAGCAGUAUAUCAUCGGAGAGCAAGUCAGGCUAUUAACGAUCUGGCAGCAGAAUAAGCACUGGUCCCUAGCGAAGGCCGCAUCCAAGCUGGGCGUACACCCGGUGACAUUACUUGGUUGGAGGUAG